GACACGUCAGCUUCCACGUCACUCCAAAGGCUUCAUUAUCCGUUAGUGACCCCCACAACCAACUAUCUCCGGUUUCCUGUCUCAACCAUGAGAAACUUUUUUCGCCAGAUUUUGAUUGUUAAAUUAGGUAAAACGUCCUUAAUUUUCAAAGCUUUUUCCAAUCUUUUUCACGUGAUUAUUGCUAUAUAGCAUCAUAGUUUCAAGGCUGAUACACCUACCAAAAAUGAGCGGCAGCGGCGGCGGCGGCGGAGCACUAAGCAAGUUAGGCAUUGCACUCGUGAUAAUCUUCGCAAUCUCAGUUCUGGCAAUCUUCACGCAGCUUUUCUAUGUGUUUUGGCGCCGCCUUGUAUUCCGCCGUCGAACCAGUGCUGCUAGCGGAGGCGGAGACGAAAUCUCGCGCUACUCUUCGUCGGAAUCCGCUUCCAGCGCACCAUCAAAGGAGCUCCUCUAUUUCUUCUGCGUAAGACCGCAGCUCCACCUCGAUCAAAGCUCGUUGACUGCGAAUUCUGGAGGCGGCGAAAGGAACUCGGAUCAUGAAUCGGAUGUGGAGGUGAUCGACAUCGACUUGUUGAAGAUUCAAGGAGUGUUUGGACCACCGAGGUUUCUGUUCACCAUCAAAGAGGAGGAGAGAGAGGGCACGGAAUCGCCGGCGAAGACGACGCCCUUUCCCGCUGAAAAUGAGAUGAAGGAAGUUGUUGGUGAUGAGAAGAGAGGCAGCGUGAGUUUGGAGGAGUGUUUGCGGUCGGCGGUGGAGGUGGAGAUUGACGAUCGCGAUGAUACGACGCCGUUUUCGACGCCUUGCGCUUCGCCUCUGUAUUUCACUCCAUCGGCUUCUCCAGUACAUGAGGCGGUCAAUGGCCGGUCAACGGGGGUUGCAACCACGUUUGCCGUUUAAUUUUAUUUUUCUUUAUCCUUUUCUUUUGUAUGUAAUAGUAGCAGUAUUUAAUUAGUAUGAUCUUGACAAUUUAGCUUCUCAAA